GCAGACGGUGUCUAGUGAAGUUCAGUGGCCAUGUCUUCCCCACGCCGAAGCCCGAGGGCCUCCAGCGGGAACCGACUGGCCUCCAAACGACAGAGGGUGGACGAGCUUCAGAAGCUCAUCGCUGCUGAGCAAGUCGCUGUCCAGGGCGCCAGCAGCAAGACCAGGGAGCUCAAUGACGCCCGACGAAUCUUGGAGGCGGCCAACCAGUACUCGCGUCUGACGACCGUGCUGGACGCGGUCACCGGUCUACCAGACGGGCAAGGCGAACAACUGCUGACCGAUCACGCCGACGCCGACCGGUCGCGCAAGAGUCGCCUGACGCAGCUGGAGGCCGAGCUGUCGGCGGCGCUGGAGCGUCAGCACCGGCUGCGGGCCCGGCUGGACCAGCUGCGCGCGCGGCUGCCGCCGGCCGACCAGGCGCGCCAGCAGCUGCGCCGUGCUCAGAACGACACGGCCGUUCAGAGAGACUACACGGAGCUGCUGCAGAGCUACGGCGACAUCACCAACCUGUACAACAUGCUGGAGAAGCUGAUGGUGGUCUCCGACUACCCGUGGCUGGAGAGUGACGACUGGAUGCAGCGGAUCCGACCCGCGUACCACGCGCUGGCGCCGCCCUCACACGUGCUGCGCAAUGACCUGGCCACCGACUCGGAGAGCAGUGCGGGCGGCGGCGGCGGCGGCGGCAGCGACGGCUCGUCGCCGCCCUGAGACACCGACGCGGGAGUCUGGGAGGACAGAGGGGAUCCUGAGCGGGAGGACAGAGGGGGUUCCGAGCGGGAGGACAGAGGGGGUCUGGGCAGAGCGACAGAGGGCUGUUUGACGAAGGGACCAACGACAGCCCCCUCGCGGCAUUGAGGAGCUGUCAGUCCGAUAGGCAGGGGGCGCUGCGGUGCUAACAGCGAGACCGAGAGGCGAAUGAAGUGAAGACGUCGCCGCCUGAUGGAUGGACUUUGACAUUAUCAUCGGUAAUGUGGAGGUGAUUGUAGUUUUAUUUUUGUGACUUGAAUAUAUGUGCCACUC